AUGAAGGUUGUCCUACCAGGAAAGCCAGAAGCCAGGCUUCAAGCUCUCGCUACUGGCUUCUGGAAAUCGAGGCGCAUCAUCGCGUACAUUAGCGGCAAUGCUAUUGCGAUCCUCUCCGACCACGAGACCCUCUUGCAGACCAUCUACGAUGACGACGAAACACACCUCGAGUCCGUCGCACUAGACGAAGCGUCCGGAAAGAUAGCGGUGUGUACAGACCGUACUGUCCGGAUAUACAGACCAUUCGCACACGAAGAUGGCGCCCUGAAAUGGGCGCUGGAAACAACCUUCUCCCCGGAUGUUGAUGAUGAUGGGCAAACAUACGAUGGCGCACGACAGGCAAUGGCCCUGUCGUGGGGUGGCUCCGAAGAAAUUCUCGUGUCCCGAUACGCCGUGACACUACAUCAGACGACUCCCGACCUCGCUUGCACCUGGCGCAAAGUCCUAGCAAGCCCCGUCAAGCAAGCUGAACUAUCCUACGACUCUGCGUAUGUUGCCUCUGUGGGAUAUCACGACCGACUGGUGAAGAUAUGGCGACGACUCAGCUAUGUGUCAGAUGAGAUUCGCUUCGACUUUAUGUAUCUGUCCCAUCCUCUGGCCGUCACCAGCAUACAAUGGCGCAAGCCUUACCACGUCGACCAGACGGUGGACAACGUGCUGUAUACUAUAUGUCUCGACAAUAUGCUUCGGAUAUGGACCGGCUCAGAUGGCCACAACCAUCAGCAUUUACAGCUCUGGGGGAAAAUCGAUCUUGCUGCGUCAGCAGACGGACCGAGUCUUCGAUGGGCUGCCAUUGUUCACGGAAGGGAUUUCUCGGCCGCCACAGAGACAGCGGUCCAGGAAGGGCCCUCUGAAUAUGGCAAAGGAGAUGGACCGCUGAUCAACGCGGUGGAGCUGGCUAAUCGGAAUCCUGAGAUCUGCAUCACUUUCGAUGGACACGGAAAAAUGUCCGCCUGGGCGAUGGAGAACAUAUCGUCUAAGACGCGAUCGAAAUCAAAAGUGGAGGAGCAAAAGGUCCUUCCUUUGGUGGUGGACGUCUCCUCCAGCGAGUUUGAUUUCCUCGGAGACGCCUCGCGGGGAGCUUCGUCGCACGUUGAGAUUCAUGCAUAUUGCAACAAACCCGACGGCCACUUAAACUUUCUAUUUCAUUUUUUUGAUGGCAGGGUUGAAAUUUUUGAAGCUAAUUUCCCUCGUCUUCUCGAUCCCAUUGCAAUCGCUCAGAUCGAGUACAAAAUUUCCGGAAAGCCACUGUGCCUGCUGGUCCUUCCCAGACGAACUGCCGAGCAAUCUUCGGUGGCACACAUUGCCACUAUUACUUCGGAAAAGAAGGGUCUAGUCUGGGAAAUCAAGCUUCCGUUCUACGACUCUUCUGCAACAAAUGGAAUCAAAAAUGGCGGCGGUACGAACGGUCAUGGACCUCCAUCAAUUCGAGAAUUCCACAAAUUUGAAUUACAGGAUGCCGGUGACCUAUCCUAUGUUCUCCCCGUGGACCCAGCCGGUUCUGCGCCGAUGGUCCAGGGCUUCCUCGACGUGUUCGCACGCGAUGUGGCGAUUUCCUACACGCAUACUGGUCGGGUAGAAUUCUGGACGGCCCGCGUCGGUGAUGCCAAGGUGGACUGGCUGUCAACAGCUUCCAUGGAAACAGGUGUGUCAGAACCUGCGCUUGCUAGUGGCAGCACCAUGAAGAAGGCGGCAUUGGUCAACUCAAGUAGGAGUGCUGUCACCAUCUGGGACAUACGCGGUGCGCAACUUGAAUACAACCAGCAAUUCGAGGCGCAAAAUGCCAUACAGGAUUUGGAUUGGACGUCCACGCCAGACUUACAGUCUAUUUUGGCCGUUGGGUUCCCAUCGCGUGUCCUUUUACUCUCCCAGAUGCGAUUUGACUAUCUGAACAAGGGCCCGGCAUGGGCCCCGGUACGAGAGAUCGACAUCCGGGAGCUCACGCCACAUCCCAUUGGCGACUCGACCUGGCUAGGCGAUGGGAAUCUCGUUAUUGGGGCUGGAAAUCAACUCUUUGUCCAUGACCGCAAGUUCGAUGCCCCCAGCACAUUUGUCAAAGAUGUCUCUCUUCCGCACACGAAGGACCGCAAAUUGGAUUUGUUCGACGUCGUGCAGAGACUGAAUGGUCCAUUGCCUGUGUUUCACCCACAAUUUCUCAGUCAAUGCAUGCUCGCUGGUAAAGUGAGGACUGUGCAGCGGAUUCUCAUGGCACUUCACAAGACUCUCAAGUUUUGGGUUGAAGGAGAUGAGUUCGAUGACUAUCUAGGACUGGAGCUAGAUGAAUUCUACGUUGACAAAUCAGCGCCAGCGUCCACGCAAGGAAAGGAGACGCGCUCUUACUUUGACGAUCGGACUUCCGCGGACGAUGAUGAUGAAGUCUUCACUGAGGAUGUGGCUCAGACCAUCAAUGAGAAGCUUACGAAUAUUGCCUUGCCUCAAAUGUCAGGACAUGAGCAGAUCCAGCUUGUGGACAUGAUCGAGUGCAUCGGCAUGGUAGAAAAACACCGUCGUUCAAUGGACGAAAAUGGGGCCAGGUUUAUGAUAUACUACAGACAACAUAGUCUCCGGAAAAGACGUACUAACGAAGUGACUAUGUCAUGGAGAGAGAUCAACUGGGCAUACCACUCUAUCAGUCAGGACAUGCUGACCGAUUUCGUGUCUCGGCAGCACCACGGGAGUCUCCUUUGGGAGCAUGCCCGGGAAAGCGGCAUGUUUAUGUGGCUGACAGACAAUGCAGCUGUGAAAGCGCAAUUCGAAGUAAUCGCUCGCAACGAAUACACCAAAAACGAGGUGAAGAAUCCUGUGGACUGCAGUCUGUACUACCUGGCAUUGCGAAAGAAGACUGUACUUCAGGGUCUAUGGCGCAUGGCAUCAUGGAACCGAGAGCAAGUCGGCACUCAAAAAUUGCUUGCCAACAAUUUUGAAGACCCAAGGUGGAAGACUUCGGCGCUCAAGAACGCCUACGCGUUGCUCAGCAAACGACGGUUCGAAUACAGUGCAGCCUUCUUCCUACUUGCGGACAGGCUUCAGGAUGCGGUCAAUGUGUGUUUGAACCAGCUCAAAGACCUGCAGCUUGCCAUCGCCAUCACUCGAGUCUAUGAGGGAGACCAAGGGCCUGUCUUGCGCAAGCUACUGGAAGAGGAGGUGUUGAGCAUUGCUGCACAAGAAGGCAAUCGCUGGCUGGCAUCGUGGGCAUUCUGGAUGCUCCACCGCCGGGACAUGGCUGUGCGCGCUCUUAUUACGCCCGUGUAUACGCUGGUUGAGACACCAAUCGCACCGAAUUUGAACUCGAAGCUUUUCCUUACAGACGACCCGGCCCUGAUCGUACUGUACGCACAGCUACGGCAGAAGACGUUGCAGACCCUACGGGGCGCGUCCAAGGUGACGCCAAAGGUGGAAUGGGAAUUUGUCUUGCACAACGCGAGGCUCUACGACCGCAUGGGAUGCGACCUGCUCGGCCUCGACCUCGUCCGUAAUUGGGAGUUCCUGCUCCCUGGGGCGAGCCUGAAGCCGGAGCUGGGCGGCGAGGUUAACCCACUCAAGCUGCUCAGGCGCCGCAGCUCACUGGUCGUUCAGGAUCUGCCCGUCUCGCCGAUAUCUGGCAAGGGCCCAAGGGAAAUCAACUUGGGAGGGCUGCUUUCGCCGACUGGGGAGAAGAAGAAGCCGCAGCCGCCGCCGACGAUGUUUGAGGAGCCAGACGCUGGUUCUUUGUUGGAUAACUUUGGGUUCUAG